CCAUCGUCCUCUGCCAGCCAGCCUUCCUUAAUCCUCGCCCUCAGUCCUCACGCCAUGGCGCUCCUCACCGAUCUCCUCAACCUCGACCUCUCCGGCUCCACGGACAAGAUCAUCGCCGAGUACAUAUGGAUCGGCGGAUCUGGCAUGGAUCUCAGGAGCAAGGCCAGGACUCUCCCCGGCCCGGUCUCUGAUCCCAGCAAGCUGCCCAAGUGGAACUACGAUGGCUCCAGCACCGGCCAGGCCCCCGGCGAGGACAGCGAGGUCAUCCUGUACCCACAGGCUAUCUUCAAGGACCCAUUCAGGAGGGGGAACAACAUCCUUGUCAUGUGCGAUUGCUACACCCCAGCUGGCGAGCCCAUCCCUACCAACAAGAGGAACGCCGCUGCUAAGAUCUUCAGCAACCCUGCUGUUGCUGCCGAGGAGCCAUGGUACGGUAUUGAGCAGGAGUACACCCUCCUGCAGAAGGACAUCAACUGGCCUCUUGGCUGGCCCGUUGGUGGGUUUCCCGGUCCCCAGGGUCCUUACUACUGCAGUAUUGGUGCUGAGAAGUCCUUUGGGCGUGACAUCGUUGACUCCCACUACAAGGCUUGCCUCUUCGCCGGCAUCAACAUCAGUGGCAUCAAUGGGGAGGUCAUGCCUGGGCAGUGGGAGUUCCAAGUUGGCCCAAGUGUUGGCAUUUCUGCUGGUGACCAAGUGUGGGUUGCUCGCUACAUUCUUGAGAGGAUCACUGAGAUCGCUGGAGUCGUCGUCACAUUCGACCCCAAGCCCAUCCCAGGUGACUGGAACGGUGCUGGUGCUCACACAAACUACAGCACUGAGUCGAUGAGGAAGGAUGGUGGGUUCGAGGUCAUCGUGGCUGCCGUCGAGAAGCUUAAGCUGAGGCACAAGGAGCACAUCGCCGCCUACGGCGAGGGCAACGAGCGCCGUCUCACUGGCAAGCACGAGACCGCUGACAUCCACACCUUCAGCUGGGGUGUUGCCAACCGUGGCGCGUCGAUCCGUGUUGGCCGCGAGACGGAGCAGAACGGCAAGGGGUACUUCGAGGACCGCCGGCCGGCGUCCAACAUGGACCCCUACGUCGUGACCGCCAUGAUCGCCGACACCACCCUCCUGUGGAAGCCCUGAAGCGCCUAUGGCUCAGCUCAGCUCGUCGUGUGAUCCAUCAGUGGGUUUGGUGGUGGCAAUUGGAGGGUUUGGCGAUUGCGUUGGUGCUGUGGACAAGAUUCUUCCAACAUUUCCUUUCCAGUUUGGUUACAUACUAUUCCAGUCCGUUUUAGUUAGGUUCAGGGUCUGGUCUCUUCCUUGUCUUUGGAUGGUGGGUGGCAAGGGGCGUGUCGGAACAUUUCUAUUGCUUUCCACUUGCCUGUCUGCUCGCGUGUAAUCAAUUGAUAAUAAACAUGGUCCGUACCGCAUCCGUGGUACCAAA